AUGUCGGAUCAGCGUUCAAGUGGUGGGAACCUGUGUCAGAAUAUCGAUGGCUCUGACGAUAUCAUCCUCGGCGGCCAUGAGCAAUGGAAGCAGGUUGAUUCUAGCCCAUGGGAACAGGAAGAGGACGAGCGCAACCUACUUCGCGAAAACGAUGUAACAGUCCAGCAAUGGCUCCAACUACAGGAUAACUCUCAGCCUGCUCGAAACAUAUAUAUCAACUCACAGUCGCUACCCCAACGGAAGCGCAAGAAUCAGAAGAUUCUGGUUCACGUAGAUGAUGUGUUCAAACCAUCGCCUAUCCAGCCAGCAAAGUCUCCCAACAAUACGGCUCUAGGCCUUCGAAAACCAACAUCAUCAAAUGUUUCCACAACCCCAAUCAACGGGCAACUGUUUAACAAGUCUGCAACUUCAGUUCAAUCUCUUCAACAGUUUUCAGCUGCCCCCGAUCAAAAUACAAGAUAUUAUCAUGGCAAUGGAUAUUCCAGAGAACGCUCUUCAAGCACGUUGGCUUCUCAUAGCCGCUCACCUUUCCCCACCACCUCACAUAAACACCAGGCCAGCGGAGAUCAUGCUCAACCCAUCGGCCUGCCUUUUCAGCAAUCGGCUCGGUCCGUCACAGGUACCGAUACAUCCGCUGGUUCAAAGAAACCGCCAAAACGUCAGAACAGCCAUUCCACGGAUGACGAUGCAAGCAGCAAACGUACAUUUCCCAGGCGUAACAGGUCCGGAAUCAACAGCCAGCCUCAUCGUGGUCCUCCAUCAUUGUCUUCCGGACCUCGCAGGACGACCCAGCCAGGUGAGAGCAAUUUCCUGCAGACGCCGAUUGAGGGCUUGCGGGUGCCUCAACACCAAGCUAGGAUCAAGACAUCACCGCUCGUUUCCGGGGGUUCCAGUCUACCAGUAACAAAGCAGAAUAAGCCACCGCCUCAUGGCGAUAGCAAAGUGCUUUCUCAUGAGCUUUUCGAGGGUUUAGGAGAGACCUGUCCAUUCUGGCUAUUUGAUCCAGGCCAAUUCAGCAACGAAGACAGACAAGCUUGCUGGGGCCGCAAGUUAGAAAUGUCUCAUGUCAUUGCGCACCUUAUCGACCAUCAUGGCUUUGUCCGUGGGAUAGAUCCAAAGAACGAGUCUCGCAAAUACUUAGCAAGCUGUCAGACCCAGAAUCCAUUUGUCAAGGCAAAGGGGGAUUGUGCGAAAUGCACUUCGUUGCACAAUUGGAAGGACUCGGACUUUACAGAUCCUGAGCAUAAAGGCGUUGUUAUUUGUACGCGUUGCUAUUUCCAAUUUGACAAGAGGGAAAUGCAAAGCCACCUAGACGGCCCAAUGUGUCCUUACAACACGGAACAGCCAAAGCCAAAGAAAAUGUGCAUACUGUAUACGACCUUUUGCUCCCAGGACAAGCCACCCAGUUCACCUCCUAGGAAUAUGGCACCACGCAAAACAAAACCCCAAUCUACAUCAAAAAGACGCAAUCGCCGUAGCGCAACACCGCCAGUCGAAAACAACCCAACAUAUAGGCCUGCUCCAGAACAGGCCUCCCAAUUACUUCGUCCAGCCAAACCGAAGAUUCCAUACAAUCAAGUCGAGCCAAUCACUACAAAUGGACCUUCCUCCUCUACGCCUUCACAGACUCGGUCGCUCAUUAAUGGAAACGUGCCCACCUCUUAUGAGUCCCAUGAAUUACCGAACCAAGAAUCGGGCUCUAGAGACUCUUUUACACACCAGCAAACAAAUGUCUACCAGCCAAACCACCAGCCGAUUGCAUUCAUAUAUCCAGAUACCCCGGUCAAAUAUAUUGCCGACCUCCUCAAGUUUCAGAGAGAUAGGCAACAAGCGGUCGCUCAAUCGACUUAUUCAUCAAUGGCGGACCCAUCUUCCUCGGGCAAUAGCAGACUGAAUGGCUCAAUGGUCGCGAAUGGUUUCCAACAUUCGCAAAAUGGGUUGCGGCUACCUAACCAAAACCCGGGUGAGCAACAGUCAUUCCUUCAAAUCCCACAAACAUCAUCCCGAUUCCUUUCACCAACAUUGGGCCAAACCUCACAACGGGGCCUCCGAGACAAGUCAUUCGAUCAAUUCUCCCAGCAGUCUUUGACACAGCCUCAGUAUUCCCAACAACUCUAUAGCCAACAUCCCAUGCAUGAUUAUCUUUCUGUGCAGAACCAUCAACAGCCUUCAACAAACGCGAACUUUUCCACCAACAAUGGCGAAACCCCACAACUUCUUCGUUCCCCAAAUACGCCCCAGCUACAGCUUCAAAUGCCAUCCCUGGACGACCUGGAUGCAACGAUAUCAUUAUCUGGCGGGUUGUCGCACGUACAAUCUAGUUCUUCUAGGGUUCCGUCUACCGCUGGAGAGUCCAUGUGCCUUUUGCCAUCACCUAACAUGGAGGGAUCUAUGUGGUUGACUGAUGAGUAUGAUUAUGAAGACACCCCGGCCUGGCUGAAGUUUGCAGUUGGGUCUCACCUUGAGCUCGAUGAGUCAAUUGAGAUUAGCAACCCCCCGCCUCUCCAACCUCAGCAACGCGUUGAAGACUUGAAACCUGACAGUCGUUUACUUGACGUACACCAAACUGCGGUUGAAAAGGAUUCAGGUUAUCACUCGGUCUUCGACGAUAUCGAUAUGGAUUGGGAUGCAAACAAGAUGUUUUCCUCCUGA